UCUUGCUGCAGGCGUUGCAGCCGCUGCCGGCCGAGCUGGGGGGAGGCGGACAGCGCGGCGGCGGCAUGGCGAAGCCGGGCGAGAGCCUGAACGGCUACGUGGAGAGCAGCUGCACCGUGGCGGGGCUGGGGGAGCCCGGGCCCGGGGCGCUGGGCGCGCGGCUGCGGGGCUUCGGGCGCUGGGCGCGCAGGAACUGCCUGGUGCUGCUCACCGUGGCCGGGGUGCUGGGCGGCGUGGCGCUGGGCGCGGCCGUGCGACGCCUGGAGCUGUCCCGGCCGCAGGUGGCCUACCUGGCCUUUCCUGGCGAGAUGCUGCUCCGCAUGCUCAAGAUGAUCAUCCUGCCCCUGGUGGUGUGCAGCCUCGUGUCCGGUGCCGCCAGCCUGGACACCCGGGCGCUGGGCAAGCUGGGCGGCAUCGCCAUCACCUACUUCUUGGGCACCACCCUGCUGGCCUCGGGGCUGGCCGUGGCCCUGGCCUUCAUCAUCCGCCCUGGGGCAGGUGCCGCGUCCCUCAACACCAAUGCCCUGGGGCUGGAGGACACCGUGGCCACCAGCAAGGAGACCGUGGACUCCUUCCUGGACCUCACCAGAAACCUGUUUCCAUCAAACCUUGUUGCUGCAGCUUUUCGAUCGUAUGCAACAGACUAUAAGAUGGUAUCCAGAAACACUACCACUGGAAAUGUUACAAUUGAAAAGGUUCCUAUUGGCAAAGAAAUUGAAGGGAUGAACAUUCUGGGAUUGGUACUUUUCGCUCUGGUUCUAGGAGUGGCUUUGAAAAAGCUUGGCCGUGAAGGGGAAGAUUUGAUUCGCUUUUUUAACUCAUUCAAUGAGGCAACUAUGGUCUUGGUGUCCUGGAUUAUGUGGUAUGUGCCUAUUGGCAUCAUGUUCCUUGUCGGGAGCAAGAUUGUGGAAAUGGAAGAUAUAACACUUCUGGUGACCAGCUUGGGAAAGUACAUUUUUGCCUCAAUUCUGGGUCACGUUAUCCAUGGAGGAAUCAUUUUGCCACUUAUUUAUUUUGCAUUCACACGCAAAAAUCCUUACAGCUUUCUCUUGGGACUUAUAAUGCCAUUUGCAACAGCCUUUGCCACUUGCUCCAGCUCAGCUACUCUACCAUCAAUGAUCAAGUGUACUGAAGAAAACAAUGGCGUGGACAAGAGGAUCAGUAGAUUUAUCCUUCCUAUUGGAGCUACUGUGAACAUGGAUGGAGCUGCUAUAUUCCAGUGUGUGGCAGCUGUGUUCAUUGCUCAGCUGAAUAACGUUGACCUCAAUGCUGGACAGAUCUUCACUAUUCUCGUCACUGCCACUGCAUCCAGUGUCGGAGCAGCUGGAGUCCCAUCGGGUGGAGUUCUGACCAUUGCCAUCAUCCUGGAGGCCAUUGGACUUCCUACAAAUGAUCUGUCUUUGAUAUUAGCAGUGGACUGGAUUGUGGACCGAACCACCACUGUUGUGAACGUUGAAGGAGAUGCCCUGGGAGCGGGCAUUCUUCAUUAUCUGAAUCAAAAAGAAAUGAAGAACAAAGAGCAGGACCUAAAAGAAGUCAAUGUAGAAGCGAUUCCAAACUGCAAAUCUGAAGGGGAAACAUCACCUCUGGUAACACACAUGAACCAAGCCUCCAACCCAGCCAGCACGGUGGAGCCACCUUCUAAAGAAUCAGUCUUGUGAACUAGGGGCAGCUUGUGAAUGAGCAUUGUAGAGUGGACUGCAGACUUGUUAACAUGCCUGGACUGUUUGCACUGCAAUCUGGGGCUGGAUGGAUGCUAAACUUUUCAGUUUUGACAUGUUUUGAAUCUUGUUAGGCAGGUGUGUCUUUGUGCGUGCUUGUUUUUCCCUGGUAAGAGCAAUCACCUUGACAUGGUAUUUUGGGGUUUCAUAUUAUAUGUGUGCGUGUGUGUGUGUGUGUGUGUGUUUUGUGCAUGCAUACACAUGCACACAUAGGAAAACAAUACCAUCCGAACUUUUGGUUUAAAAAGAUAUUCAGCAAUAGAGUUCAUGGGGGUGGGAAGGAAUGAAGUAACCAGCAAGUAUUGAUGGUAGCUGGAAAACAUCCAGGGACAGGCAAUUAUUUUGGGCAGAGGGCUGCUUACUGAGUUUUGGCAAGCCGUUGAGGGCCGCGUGACAGGCAGCCAGGGGCAGAUAAAUAUUAAUUUUCUAAAUUUUUUUAGGGGCCCCGUAGGCUGGAUAGAAUGGCCUGGAGGGCUGCAUCCAGCCCGUGGGCCUCAUUUUGCCCACCCCUGUAUUAGACGGUAUUGUGCUGUACAAGGCUGAGGUCUAGCACAUCCUUAAUUGUAUUUAGGUACCAGUACUUACUGUGAAAUACCAGCUUAGGACUCUCUAGUGAAACAGUAGAAAGUGCCAUUUUUGUCCCCCUGUCCGUUAAAAACAUUAUUGCAGACAAAUGUUGGAAACCUGUUUUGUUUGGGGAUUUUCUUUUUUUUCAAAUUUAGUAUGAGAGCCUGAUCUUCUUUCCAGUCUCAUGCUGUAUUACCAGAACAUUUGCAGGAAGGCAGACCUCACAGCAGCUUUCACUCUCUACUCCCUCACUUUUGGUGAUGUAAAUUUAAAGGCAAAAACAUGCCUUUAAAAUAAGAGGUCUGGUUCCCAGCUUCCCUCCCAAAGAGGCAAAACAAGCCACUCAUAAACCAGUUGUGGUACAGUAAGUACUCUGGGAUUGAGAAUUUUUAUAGCAAGUCACAGAAUUGGUGAUAACAGCCCUGAGACAAAAAAAAAUUGUCAGCUACAUACAUUUAAAUGUACAUGUAUGUACCUGCCACUGCUGUGUUUUCUGUUUGUGUGUAUUUAAUGGAUUAAGCCAAACAUGGUGCGAGGUGCAACUUGCACCAUGCAAGGUGUUGUCUUAACUCCUCCAGGGUACUCUGCCUGACACCUGAGCCAACUGCUUUCUGACUCGCCCCCCAGGCUUUGUAAAUUUACAAAGCCCACUGAAGUCACUGUAAAGCUCCAUUUCAUUGCUGUGGGUCUUGAAUCAGGUCCGUAAAGCCUCAAAAUGAACACUGUUUAAACGUUCAGGUCUCAUCUGACUUGUGAUGGAAAACAAGCAUGACACCUUGCCAUGACUUAUUUUAGAGUGAGCUUCCCAGGCACAUUUAGUACAAUCAUUACAAGUUUAUGCUGUCCUCACUGUGCCCCUGAGAAAAGUCAUUGUUGGCUUGUCUCAGCGAGAUACAUUUGUAGAGAUUCUUUCCCUUUUCCUACCUCCUCUCUGUACAGGAGAGAGAGAGAGAGAGUGGAAAGACUUCUAUUGCUGGAGUUUCUCAUUAUGACAGCUCAGAUUUACUAAGAGCAGCAGCUUUGGCUCAUAGAGUAUCUUUCCUCAUGAAGGAGCACACAGUGCAUUGCAAAAUUACAUGCAAAAUAUAUACAGAGGUUACGUCCCCCAUCACUGGAGGGCAUGCCAAAGUCUGCACCGGCUUCCGUUUCUGCAUAGAUGUAUGAUGUAGCCUUCUAUAGAGUGCAUUGCAAUAAUCACAUGUAGCAAAGUGAUUAUAAUUACCCGAGUUGGAAUUUAACCAAGGCUAACACUCCUACCCUUACGAAAAGGUGCCAUAGUAUUUUAAUGGACAAGAAAUGUUCAGGACCAAUCUUUGUGUUGUCCAAGAAGCCUGGAAUCUUGCAGGUAGCUAAACUCUAUUUUAGGCUCAUGUGAAGAGCCUGUUCUUUUACAUAUGGGCACAUCUACAUGUGCACUUUAAUGUGCAUUAGCCUAUUUUAAUGUGCAUUAAAGGAUCACAAAAAAUACCAUGCAUUUUUGCUAAUGCACAUUAAAAUAGGCUAAUGCACCCUUUUCUAGUGCCUCAUAAUGGAGGUACUAAAUUUAAUGUGCAUUACCAAAAAUGCAUUAAUGAACGUGUAGACACAUCCCGUAUGUAUUAUUCUUACAUAGCAAGUAUCAUGCCUGGGAUUUCAUGAAAGUUGAAACAUUUUUUCCCUAUCAACACAUCUUCUUAUGAAUUAUUCUGUCCAUCAUCAUUGUCAUGAGCAAUAUUUUUAUUGGCUGCUUAAUGUAGUGUUAUUUGCUUUCAACACAAUGCAGGCCUGUGUGACUAUUAUGUUGUUUCUGGGUUCUUCCAUCCAUCCCGUUGCAGUUUGUUCUUCGCCUUGAGUGGGCUAUGCAAAAUCAUAAAGGCUUCAAUGUUACAGUAUCUUUACUGCAAAAAAACAUGGUUAUGUGUUAACAGCUGUCCAUGGGCCCUGAUCCAAAACCCUUCUGAAGAGCAGCAUCUUUUUCCAUUGGAUCAAGCCCUUAAAAUAAGGGUGUGAGUUGAAAAAAUAAGUGUGUGAAGGAUCUUCAUAAUUCUUACAGUGUAGGAAUUGCAGGAAUGUUCUGCUUCUCUGAUAUGAUCAUUAUCAUACCAUAUGCAGAGAUCGCCAUGUUUUAAAGCACUUUAUGGGAUCAGUAGCAAAGGGGCUGCCUAUGGGCCAGCCGGGCUGCCUAUGGGCCAGCCAAGCUGCCACUAUGCACAGCUGCACUGCAAGGGAAGUCCAUCACAACUGCGCUGCUGUCAGCUUCAGUCACCAGGAUUUCUUUGUAAUAUGGACACGAUCUGUAAAAUAAUUUCAGUGACUUUGAAUUAAUACAUCAUUGAGCUGAAAAAAUGUUACUGCUUCUUUUCUUGGUUUGUCUCUAGGCUAGCAACAUGUUUUGUUACUUGACUUCCCCUCCACAAAUAAUACGGAUUCCCUGAUGAAAUAAGGCUUUUUCAUGCCUUUGAUUUGGAAUAGGCAAAUCCUGUCUUUUCCUCCUAGUACCAGAAUACAGGACUUUGGUGCAAAAGUACUUCCCGGGGAUUGAUGGGUUUUACAACCCCUACAGACCCUGGGCUAUGACAGCCUCUUCUGUGUGUUUACUUUGCCUCCUUGUUGUAAGGACAGGCCAGUGAGUCUGCAUAGUUGUAGGCUCGUUCUAACAUCCACCGUAAGGCAACAUGAUCUCAAGGUAAGUAUGGGCCUCCAUGUUGAAGAUGCUUUGAUAGUUGGAAAUUUUCAUGAAGGCUUCUUUACUUAAAUCUGGCAGUGGAAUUUUAUUGCCUAUUUAAACUAACAGCGUGGUGAGAAUCUGACCUUCUGUCUUCACUUCCCAUCUGCAAAAUGGAGAGUACAUAGUAAUAAUCUAUAGCUGUGGUCAACUGUUGUCGCAUUGUUCGACAGGUCACUGCAAGAUAAAAGGCUCUUUUGAGCCAUAUGACCCAUUGGGUCAGCAUAUUUAAGGAACACUAGUUUUUGUAGCUGCUGGCUUGCAAAGGAGUGACGUGGCUGGCAUUGUCUGGCCACUGCUCCCUCACAAUGUAAGGAAUGAGCCUGAAACACAACUUUGACACAAUGGGUGCCUCCUCUACAGCCCACCAGAGUGUCCUUCUACUUCUCUAGUUAAAAAACAUUCCUGAACUACUUGGAUCCAUCUUCUUCUCCUUUGGCAGCAGUUUUUUGGUCCUGACAAUGUUUUGCUAAUCAUGUUGAUUCACAUUGACCAGUUUACAGUUCAGUAUUUUAUUGUAAAAGUGGUGUUUGGGUUUCUAGCCGUGUUGUGACUGGCUACUGGGCGCUAUUGCAAUAAUAAUAAUAAUAAUAAUGAUUAUUAUUGCCAGAGUCCCCACUUUGCUGUUGAAAGAGCAGCUUGACACCUUCUUCCUUUGCAGUCUUUCCAUCUCCAUGUUCUCAUUCCCUAUGGCAUUCCCACCCAGACCUUUCCUCUCAUUCAUUCUUUCCUCCCUACCCCUCUUUACCACAAUGCCAUAGGAUAUUUGUCCCUAUCCGGGGAAAAAGACCCAGCUGUACGCAGUUGAAUACUGUUGUAUGUGUAACUUUCUUGACAAUGCCCAAGUGGAUCUUAGGGAUGUAGCUUUAGCCAAUCUUUUCACAUUUGUAGGCUGAGAUCCCUUGUCCAGCCACCACUUUCCAAGGCUUGGUUAGUACAUUAGUUGCCUUGAUCAAUGACACUAUGUAGUACCUGUGGGUGCCUAUAACUGUGCUCCUUCACAUUCGAAUUAGAACAGGUCAGAGCAGGCUUGAUCAAUAGAGUCUGCUCCGGGUUCUAAUUCGAAUACUGCAGCAUCAUGUAUAUUAAGCCGCCCCCCUCCCCCCCCUGCCCUGCCACCGCAUGUUUUAAAAUGGCCGCAGGGCACUUUAACUAAACCGUGUCAAAUAAAAUUUAGAUAAAGCAUCCCAUGGCCAUUUUAAAUACAUGGGGCUUAAUACAUGUGACACUGUGGCAUUUUAAUUAGAGUGGAUGCUCAGGAGCCCCUCUAAUUGAAACUUGUCCCCUCCCUCCCACCUCCUGAGCAUAUGACAUAGGCUACCUAUACAUUAUCCUAAGGAAAAAGACUUUUUCUUCGCUUGUGGGGUGUGACCAAUAUUGUCCAGCAAUCUUCUGCUGUAUCAGGCAGAGGAAGUGCCCGCACAUGUUCUCCUGUUAGAAACUUAUAAUGAAAAGGGCUGUUAUUCUGAGUAACCAAGAUUUAACAGAGUCUUGCCUGGUGUAGUCAGGCUGUGUGAUCCCAGGCAUAGAUAUUUGUUCAUUGCUGAGAACUUAAAACCCUCUUGAGAUGUCUCUUGCAGUUACUGCGAACAGCUUUGUCUGAAAGCAGGCUGAGGACAGACUAGGCUCCUUGGGUUGUGCGAGGCAGGGGCCGUCCUUAAUGUGUAUUGUACGGUGCUUAGCACAUUAUUCACCUUUUAACAAGUAACAGUAAGUGCAGCCAGCCAAGGCCAAACCAGCUGAUAAAAGUGAACUCUCUCCCUUUUUCUCACUGGGUAAUGCAGUUCUCAGGGAGUGUGCUUAUCUGGUGAAUCCUUUCUUGUGAAAGUAUCUGUGGGCUUCAGCAGGAAACAAAAAAAGGGGCAGGGUUUUAGGCAGCUAUUGAAGGGAGAACUUCCUGCAUCAGGCAAUCCUUCAACCAGACCCAAGGGCAUGGCAGCUUUGUUGCCAGUUACCCCUUGUAUAUUGCAACCUGUGUCCUUGUAGUACCAAGCUCCUCUGAGACUCAGAAACACAGCUGCCUUCUGCAGAGAAGCUGAGGCUGUGACUGCCCCAGCAGCCUAAGAUUCUGGGAGAAACCUUCCCUGGGCUGAGCCUAUAUUCAUUACUUCCCACAAGUGCAGCACAUUUCUGCCUGGCACAGCCCACUGACAAAACUGAUGUUGGAAUCUACCCUGGGUCUCCCAGCCUCUAUAGAUCCUACUCCUAAAAUUAGUUCUUCUCAAGAGAGUCAGGAAUAAAGCCACAUAAGUGAGGCUUAGCAAGAACCAGGGACUAGUCCUCAUCUGGUGGAGAUGCUCAUCUCUGCAUUGACUGCAAUGGCACAAUGACAAGUUAUAGCAGGCUGCCCAGUCCCUACAGGCUAAUCCUGCCCGUGAUUCCCUAGGUAGAAAUGGGCACAUUACUGGAAUCUUUCAGCUUGUUCUCCUUUGUAAGCAGGGAUAACAGUACCUGCCUCUCAGAAGUGCUGUGAGAGUAAUGCAUUAAAAUGUUUUCCAAGCACUCUGAAGCAGUACAUACUACUACUACUAUGCUUAAAAUGAAGACUCAAAUGAUUAAAUGUUAUCGUGUAGCAGGUUGAGUACUGUUGCAGUGCUCAGGGUGCUGUCUAUUCUGUAUAUGAUAGAGAGAGGGAGGAAAUGAACGGUUACAGCAUAUAUUUACAUUACUAGUUCAGUGGAUCCUUGGCUUGAUGUUGGAAUUCUUGCUUUCCAGAAAGGGCAUGCGGUUUGGUCAAACAGGAGUGCAAGACCCUGUUAAAUCCAGCCCUUGCAUUCUGACUCUGGAGUGAAUGAGCUGGAAUAAAAAAAGACUGAGUUCUGAGAGAGUGCAUUUCUUCACAUACUUUUAAAAGAUCUUUAUGAACAUAUUCAUGCCUUGGAAGAGUACAGGGAUAUUUAGGAGAGUGUUGGGAUGGUGCUUGUUGCAUACAAAUUUUUGGCAGCUUGGGAAACAUAAUCCUGAUCUUGUGUGUCUCCUCAGCAGUCUAAUUACAAUGGGAUAACUGCUGACAUAACUGGAGGGACAUCUUAGGAAAUAACUUGAGGAGCCUCCCUGUGCAUGAGACAAUAAGCACCCUGAGUUAAACAAAUGCCUGUGACCAAAGACAUGAUUGGUGGGAGGUAUAAAAGGAAGAGGAAGGUAAAAGCUUUACUGCUACAAAGCUAAACGGCAAAUUGUUCUUUGGUGUUAUGGAAAAAAAAAGGAGUGGUAUCCUGGGGCUUGGGGAUUAGGGAACACAACAACCAGUGGCAACGUGUAGGGGAUGGACGGGGUGCACAUGCACCCCCUGAGAGCGCCGGUGUACCCCCUGACAGGUCGCACAGGGGGACAGGUGGGAGCACUUGUGUACCCCUUGCAAGUGCUGGCUGAUUGCUGCAGCCACUCCCAGAAGUGGCCGCAGGGAUCAGCUGCGGGCAGCAAGAAUGGCCGUGAUCACCACCCCCACCCCCUGCGGCUGGCGGGAUUGGCCAUGGGGGGGACACCCCCCCCCCCCCUCCCGGUCAGUGGGACUGGUUGCAGGGGGGCACGUACCCCCCCCCCCCCGACUAAGGUGGCACCAGUUGCCUGUGACAACAGAGAGCAGGGAGCAAAAAACAGAACAACAGAUAAGACUGGGAGCUUUGGCAGGGAGCAGAAAGCAAAGAAACAGAUUGAGCAGGGGAAGGAGAUUGGAGUAGCUUACCUUGUGGCUUGCUUGCCAAAAGGGUUAGCCUCCUGGAGCAGGGAAUGGGAUGAGAAGCUGAAGGAAAGGCAUACUUUCUUUGUGCAACUGGACAGAAGUUGAGAGCUACAGUGAACAGUGGUUAAAGGGAUUUGCAAUGUGUAUAGUAGAGGAAAGGCAGAUCCCUGUACUCUGGCUGGCAAGACUUUGUGACAGGCUAGUCAAAGCCCUAGGAUUUGUAAAGUAUAGUUACUGAGAAAUAAGCAUAUGAUAUACAAGCUCCAGGACUCUAAGAAGCCUAGACUGGACAUUAGCCAUGACUACAGAGACAUAACAGUACAGUUCUGGGUCAGUGACUGUCCUACAUUUGGUUUGCUCAAUGGCCAAGACAAAUGCUUUUCAAUCCAAUGCACACUGGUUAUUACUAUAUGAACAGAAAGCAGAGUGUGUUGGUAUUACUAUUUAUGUCAGUGUAUUGGUAAGAACCAUGUUGAUUUGCCACUUCAUGGAAGAAAGAAGACAAUGAGGAAUGACUUCAAAUGUUGGACCACAGGCUGAAACAGCUUCGCUUAGAUAUUUUUCACAUGGUGAAGACUGCACAGAACCUUAAUCUAGCUACACUAUUUCUGUCUUCAUACCUCAGCCUUUGCUUGUUAAAUUAUGCUAAGGGUAAUUCUGGUAUAAAUCCUUUACACUUCCAUAGUGCUUUUCACUCAUUAGUCUUUACAGACUUUUGACAAGGUGAUGAUAUCAACCCAUUUUACAGAUGUGAAGGAGAAAUUAAUGCAUAAAAAGAUGAAUGACUUGUCAAAGAUGACACAGAAGGUUGGUGGCAGAACUUGGAAAAUAGUGACCCAGUCCUGAUAUACAUGACAGCAGAUAUUUCCUGAUAUCCAGUCCCGUUCACAUUCAAGCCAAUUAGUAGAUGGUGGGUGCAUAACUCAUUGGCAGUCCCUUGCAAGGAACAUUGUCUUCCAUGAUUGUCUUAUCUAUGGGUCUGAAGGUCCAUAACUACAUUCUGGGGAUAAUAAGGUGUUUAGAUGGGAAAUGUUGUUUGGGAUUGAGGGAGGAUAUCACUCUGUUCAUGCUUGGUGGAAACUUAAAAGUGAAGAGCUCUUAUGUGAAAAUUCAUCUUUCCUUCAGGAUGGAUUUUGUACAGGCUAAGAAACAAAAUAAGAUUCUCUCUCAUCUGGCAUUUACAGACUUGGUUACACCUUAAGGGGUCUAAUUCUGUUUAGGUGCUGAGCAUCCUCAACAAGUAUUAGAUCUUGCUCAUGUUUUACCACUCACUUCAUGAGAACAGACUCAGGCCAGCUGAAGUCCAUAGGAGUUGACAAUCUUCAGCACCUCACUGAUGCCAUGUGCCUCACUCAACAAAAAUGCAAGUUUGUCUUCCUGGUUAUUCAGGAUCUCAAAAGGCCUAUUCCCAGAAGUUGGCUGCAAGGCAGAAUAGCUGACUCAAAGGAAACCAAACCUAGGAAUGCAUAGACAAUGCUGAAUUAAUGCAAAGUUAAUGUUAUGGUUUAAACCCACGGGCCAUGUCCAUGUGUGCGUGGACAUUUGGUUCCCUGAGACAUCUAGCAGCGGUGCACCUGGGGUUCUGGGGACUACCCAGGGCUGCAGCAGCAGCAAUCCUGCCAUGGGGAGCCUGGCCAGCAGCCAAAGUAUGCCUCCGGCCUGCCAAGCUCCAGUUUUAAGCAGCGCACACUGCCCCCAUGUAUGCCACUCCGCUUUUCGUUUUCAUAGGUUUUUUUGACCCCUGCAUAUCCAGGGAUCAAAAAAACCCCAACCCCAUGCAGCUCCCUUGCAGCACAGAGAACAGCUGAAUGUGCGGUAUAUGGCACUGCAAAAGUGUCUGCGGUGCCACGUACUGCACGGCUGUGCUCACUUGAGGCAGCCACAGAGGCCAAGAAAUUCAGCAUUAGACUUUCCUUAUAUCUUUUCUCUUGCAACUAUAUCUUCUGAUAGGGUUGUUCAUCAUGUGAUCCAAUAACUCUGAGCAAAGCAACAUACUAUUUAUUUUAUAAACAUAAACAGAUUACAUCAGGCGUGUAAUAGAUUCUGUGCUAAUUGCAGAAGUUUCAUGCCAUACGAGACCUUCCCAGAAUGCUUUCUAGCAAGGAAAUGGUAUGUACAUGGCCAGAGCCACCCCAGAAUUGAACACAGCUAGACCGAAAGGACUGUAUUCCUAUUGUAUAACCAUUGUCUAUAGUAUAACUAGCACACUGUAGCUACUGAAUUGCUGACAGGAACUCUGUGGAUCUGAUGGGCUGAUGGAACUGUCAGACUGGGCCACUCAUGAGCCAGGUUGCUGCAUGAAAUAGCUCCACGCAGACAAGACUAGCACUGUAGAGGGUCAGCCUUGAUAUAGAAGAAAGAGGCCUUAAUGCUAAGGAUUUAUACCUUCACUUUUGUGUAUUCUACCUGCAAAGGCUGCCUACUGCAUGGCCAGCGGGGCUGAUUAGAACAUAGACAAGGGUCUUUUAAAGUAUCAGAAAGACACUUACACCCAACACUGCUGACCUGUGUUUGUCUGUGUUGUCAGGAGAUGGAGCCAUGGAUUCCACCUGGGAGGAAGGGGCUGGGCUGGAAAGCCAUUUAGAGGCAAUAUGCUGUACUUAAGAACUACUUUACUCUUGGGCUCUAAACAGGGUUUCAUGGACAGUGGUCCCAGUCCAGCCAGUUAAGCUUUAGGUGUCUCUUUACCAUAAAGAACAAUAGGGCCUCGUGUGAGCUAUGUGGUCGUCCCUCUUGGACCAGUCUAAGCAACUGCUGAUCAAUGAAGAACAGGAGCUCACAGUCUGAUCUAUGCUGUUCAGUGUGUCCCACAGCUUUCCAUUAUAUUUUUUUUCAUGAUUCAUAAACCUCUUUUUUAUUAAUGUCUUUCUUUUGUCUGCAUAAUAGUUUUGCAAGGUAUGUACAUAAAACCUGUGGCAUGUCUUAGGGAUUUCUUAAGGCAUGGUAUGAAGACCUCACUGUGCACCUGUGGCGUGUUAAUGAGAGGUGGGUCUCAUCCCCUGGCCAGCAAAGUGUAAACCCAUUGUGACCUACUCACACUUUGUAGGGAAGGAGAUUUGAUUGGCAACGCAGAGUCGGAAGAACCAGGCGCAGCUCCAAAGGUGGAAGGAAUCUCAUUCUCAAUAAUAACUGAAACCUGCCUUAUUGUAUAAAAAGGUGCCUUGGCCCAAUUUUCUUCUGUCUGGCUAUUGAAUAUUAUUAUGCAUCAAAGUUAAGAGAUUCAGUUGCGCCUAGAGGUAAGGGGAGUAUGUGACAGUCCUAGUAUCACACAGUUUGGCCUCUGACUGGAACAAAAUUCAGAACAAUGGAAAAAUUGAGUCCACUGGCUUCUUUAUCCUCUGAAUUCCUCACUGUUGGUAUUUCUGCCUUCGAUGCAUUUGGGGAGGGAUUGUUUUAUUUUUUACAAAGAUAUGUGUCCCUAUUUAGGAGGGAAAGUUCUUAUAUUUUUAUAUGUUAAGCAAUUUGAUUAAUUCUUUUAAUAGAAGAUGAGAUGAAAAAAAAACACCAUCCCCUGUUCAACAGCAUUUCAGUGGCAAGUGAGUCAGUGUCCCUUAUAUGCAGGUAUCCACCUUUAGACCAAAACUAACACUGAGUGCACUUAAAAUGACCACUCCACUUAUGAAAAAGCUUACAUGCCAUGUGGUUGUGCUUUGUGAAUGUCUGUAAAUAAUGCUGUUUUAAAGGUCUUCUCUGCUUUGGCCCAUGUGACUCUGCAAAAGCCUGGUUGUUAUCUCUCAAGGACAGACUUGUGGCUAUGUGUGCAUGCAGGCAUCAAAGACCAUAAUGUGGUAUAUGUUGCUAUGGGAAUUUUGGGUAGAAGUUAGAUUUUUGUGCUUUUUGUAUUGCACCUUUCGCUAUAAAAGGUCUCCCUUCCUGUCUGAUAGGCCCGCAGUGCUAAGAGUUAGAAUGAGUGGCACACUGCACAUGCUCUAUCUGUCUUUCAUGAAAUCUUGUAUUUGUUCUUUCUUUUCCUGUCUCCUUGGUCCGAAAUAAAGUCUUCUAAACAGAAA